GUGAAGGGUGGGUUUAUUCCAGUGAUGGGAAGGUUUUUCCAUGCUACAAUAUAUAAAUGGAUUUUUACUUGAUCUGGGCAUCAUAGCUGGAUACCUGGCUGCAAUUAUAAAAUGUCUUUCACUGGAAAGUAUGAAGUGGAGACUCAGGAGAAUUACGAUGCUUUCUUGAAGCUUAUUGGUAAGUAAUGAAGUUGCAGGCACAGUAAGAUCUCAUAAAUCAAAGCAAAGUGCUCAACUUUUAUAUGCAGAGACACUUAAUAAGAAGACUGUCAAGUUAUGUAACAGAGUCCUGAGUUAUCUGAAAUAUAUUAUCAAUGGAAGGAGUUGGGAAUACAUUGGCAGAGCAGGUGAUAAAUGAAAGGAGCAUGUUAAGAACAUAGAUGUGAGAUCCAAUAUGAAGAAUUUGACAUGUUUACAUUUUACCAUCUAUGUCAGCGUCCUGAACUGCAAACCAAUUACUAUAAAGGCUGGCUCAUUCCUUUAAUAUGGUUUCCAUCCAGCCCAAUAAAUAAGUGCAAUGGUCAACAUGUUUGUUGUCAUGUAAUCACUGGCAUAAGUGUUUAUGAGCUGCCAUGUUAAUGGGUCAUAAUAGUGGACGUUUGCCGAUGCCUGAAAUGUGUCAGUUUACACCUGGUUGGCUGAUGGUGAAGUGGUUGUGGUUGUUUAGCAACGACCUGAAAGUAACAUUUUUCCAAAACCAGACUUAUGUCAUCUUCAUUGUUAAGAAUAAAUGGCUAUCAUUUGUAAUAGGAAAUAUAUUUAAAAAAAUUAAUCUUUAGAUCACUAAUGUCCACCAAUGUGUGGAAAUCUGUUAUUACAUUAUGACAUUAGUAUAUGAUAACCAUCAUAGAUAGUGCUACCAUAAAAGCAGAUUAAAGGGAAGCAAUUAUUUAAAAUUCUUCCUCUGGUGUUAUGCACUAAAGCAAUAAUGCAAAAAAAAAAAAAAAAAGAUAAUAUUUUUUAAAAAUGAAAACAAAUUCUUAUAUUCCAAGAUCCUGGAGAUGCACAGAUUGAGUGAACUGACUGCAGCUCCAGCCUGUGUUGAUGGGAUAUGUAGUCUAUCACCAUGCAGCAGUUUCACCCGUCACAUAAGAUAAAUGGAACUGCUUUUUAAGCUGAUAGCAGCCAUACUGCAUCUGCUACCAUGGCUGCUUCACAAUUUUGUAGAGCUGCCAAUUGAACAUGCAUAUAGCAUGAGAUAGCAGCCCUACUUUUGCUUUUGGCAUGUGCAUACUCCAUGUACAACAUGGAUAACAUUGUUAUAGGCAUCCUGGGGCGGAGAGUUCUCACUGCAUGGCUGACAGGUCUGAGGCUGCAGGCUAUUUGCAGUCAUUUUUUACAUAACAUUGCACUUAUAAGCCACUCUUAGAACUGACAGUGGGUGGAGGAUACAUUCUUUUUUUAAAUUUCAUCUUUAGUAAGAUUUUAUAGAAUAUUUUUUAAAGGGUACAGAAAAAAGGGGGAAUAUACAAACAUAAAAUAUAUGAAUACAUAUAAAAUCUGUUCAUCAAGACCUAAUAGACUUAUUGAAUAUUGCUUCUAUGACACACUAAAAUGACGAUCCAGCAUGACCAUACAGAACCAUAGAAUCAUUAAGAUAAACUCAAUUUAUAUAAACCUUUUAUGUAUGUAAAUCUUUGAUAUCUAUCCUCAAAACUUUGUAGUGUUCAUUUAUGAAGAAAAAAAAAAGGACAGAAAACAAAUAGACAAGCAAUUAUAAUAAUAAAUAAAUAAAACUUAUCCCAUGAUUAAUAAGGUUAAAGUAUUUUUCUACUUCUAUACUAUGUCGCUCUUGGUGAGAGACACCUACGUCCUACUUUGGGAAGAGAUACAACACCAAUUCACGCCCAUGACAAACAUAUAUCGGUUACAUUAAGUGGAUGGAAUCCCAUCUGACUAUUAUUUCUUUAACCAAUAUUGUAUCCAAGGGUCCUAUAUCCUCAAAUAUUUUCUUUUAUGGCCCUGGGUCGACCUAUAAGGGUCUUCCAUUUGCCUCAUAACCAUGACUCUGUCAACCCAUUGUUUCACUGAAGGUGUUUGACUCUGUUGCCAAAUACAGGAAUAAGUAUGUUGGCUUUGCAAAGGAGUAACCACAAUAGUAUUUGUUUAUCUUUGUGCUGGUAUGUAUUAGGCCAACCCAACAGUAUCUGUUAAGAGUUGAGGGCAGUGGAAGAAUCUUAUUAACAGUGGUAAUUACUCCCUUUCAGAAAUCUCCAAUAUUCUGGCAUAACCACCAGAUAUGCUCCAUGUUUCCCUUCUUCACAUCUCCAACAACUAUCACUAAUUUCAAGCUACAUAUGGUGAAGUUGGACUGGGGUUCUAUACCACCUAGUAAUACGUGUGUAAAAAGUUUCCCUUUUCAUCAAACUCACCGAGACUGUCAUCACCCUUUAAAAAAUAUUUAUCCAGUCUUUAUCUGUAAGAUGUACAUGUAGUCCCUGCAUCUAUUGUCUCUGGAAGGAUGGUUCUCCUACCCCAUAAGAUCCAGUCAAAAUCAUAUGGUAGAUUUUAUAUAGUGAGCGUGUAUUGUCACCUAAGGGACUACAUUACACUUCAAAGGGAGUCUCUUCCCUAGGUCGCCAAUAAGGAUUAACUGAUCUCUGCAAAAAACUUUUUAUUUGCAAAUGUCUCAUUAUAUCUAAUAAUGCAUCAGAUUUCUUAAAGUUAAUAAUUUUAAGUGUAUCUUCUUCUGUCACUGCUCUUAAAUUGGGGUUUGCUACUCCAGUCAAUCGUACUAUAGUAAUCGAUCCAUUUCCUCCCUGAAAGUCGCAGUUAUUUGCUAUUGGGAAAUAGGGGGAUAUUCCUGGUAAGAGUCUCCAGUGGGUUUUAUGAUGUCUCCAUUUUGUCAGAAUGUUAUGUGUAAAAGGAUGUGUCUUCGAUGAUAUACUUUGUAAUUGACACGUUUGCCAGGGAAGUGUAUAUAAGGGCACUGGGGAAAGAUUUUGUUUCAAUUUAUACCAAGGUUUCUUCAUAUCUUUAUCUUUUCAUUCCCUAAUUCUAGUGAAGAGGACUGCUACAUAAUAUCGAUGCAUAAGAGGUAAUUCCAAGCCUCCCUUGCCUCUACCUUCUUGUCAGUAUAGUAUAUGCUAGUCAAGCCUUUUUAUGACCCCAAACAUAAGAGGUGGAAAUUGCUUUUAAAGUACAAAAAAUUGAGUAUGUAUAAAAAUAGGGAGGACUUGAAAAAUGUAUAUUACCUUCGGGAAAAUCCUCAUUUUAAAUAUAUUUAUUCUGCCGAAGAAAAAAAUAAGGCAAAUACCAUUUUUGUAAGGUCUGCAUGUAUCUCUUCCAAUAGGGGGAAAUAGUUCAGACAGUAGAUUCCAUUGACUGUUGGGGUAAGACAAAUCUCUAAAUAUUUAAAUCCUGUAAGUGGUAAUUUAGACAUAUAUUUUGAAUGCAGCUGCGAUUUCAAUUAAUCUUACAAUUUCAUAGGGAACUAACUUUUCAAUUUCUAUCAAAAUAUGAGGCAAGGAACUAUUUGGAUCAGUAAGCCUUUUAAGGCUUUAUCUGCAUAUUUUCCACUCCUAUUGCUCUGGGCAUAAGAGAGCAUAUUCCGUAGAUCCAUUCGUAAGGCAGUAAGGCAUUGAAAUGUUUCCUGGUCAGGGUUCGAUUUAUGUGCAGUCUCCUCCAAAUAAAUAGCUGUCGAUAAUGAUUGGAUCUUAGCUAAGCGUUCUUUUUUUAUUCAAGAGCCCCCAAUAUAAAUAAUUAAUAAAUACAUGUUGCAAUCGUACCACUUACGGUGCUUAAAGUGACCCUUUAAGUGAAUUUUUAUUAACCUAAUUGUUCCAUUAAGACCAAUUUGUGGAUGGAGAAAGACCUGUAUAGACCUGAAGUAUCAAACAGACUUGUCCUAAUCUUACAAAAGCCAACAUGAAUUCAUGCAUUUAUGCAGUAUUUGACACCAAAACAUGCCCUUGUAAGCAUGAUACCAGUUGCUGAGCACACAUAAACACAUGUCUAUCUUAUAUCUAUAUUCUUCCUCUCCUUCUGUGGAGAAAGAGAGAUAGUUAAAAUGAACAAAGGAGGUCAUAGGAUAUUGGGAAACGCCUUUUUUUAUAGCCAAAUAUCAAAGAGAAUUAAUUCUUUGCAUUAGCUUUUGAUUAUUGCUGUAUGUCUGUUGCAAUGUACUUAUUUAACAAAAUUAAAGGUAGAAUGUCCUGUGUACCAUCAUGACCAUCCUGCAAGGAGAUGUCUGCUUCUCCUGUUCCUCAAAGAUCCCAUAGUUUUUGGUAUGGCUGAAUUUUAUUAGCGCUACCUUUUUUUGGGGCGGGGGGUUGGGGUGGUUAAUCUUUUUAUUGUGAUAGAUUUUACAGAAAUAGAAAAAUACAAAUGAGACCAUGCAAAAAAUUGAGAAAAAAAUUGAGAUCAUGCAGGCCACUCUAGAAAUAACAAAAUAAACAAAGCACACAAUUGCAGAGUUCAAAUUAAAAUAUCCAGUCUAGCGAUGAGUUUUAUUAGAGAUGAGUUCCUUUAGCUUUAUUUUCUUGGAAACCAUUUAAACCUAAAGCCAUCAGUGACAUCCGCAGUCUAAGUGCUAACCACAGGCUUUUCAGAACUAAAUCUUCUCUAGCACAGCAAAAAAACAUUUUUGUUACUCAAUUAACUCAUUUGGAUGUAAAAUUGCCAAGGAGGGUGAUGCUAGCUGAGUUCUAUAGAACAUGAUUCUACAACAACCUACAAUUUUUCUUAAUGUUCAAUUGAAAAUAUUAAUUUUUUUAACUUUAUAUAUAUAUAUAUAUUUUUUUUUUUUUAAAUAUGAUAGGCAUUCCUGAUGAAGCCAUUGAAAAGGGAAGAAAUUUGAAAAUGGUCACAGAGGUAGUACAGAAUGGCAAUGACUUCACCUGGUCCCAGAUCUAUCCAGGUCAUACAACGACAAACGAGUUUACCAUUGGACAAGAGUCCGAUUUGCAGACAAUGAGUGGUAAAAAGUUCAAGGUAAAUAUCCCAUCAUGCAAAAUGCUCACAUUUGAAUGAAGAAUGAACUUUGACGCCAGGACAGAUUGAUGGGAAUAUCUAAUUACAUCCAAAACCACUCUAGUAAAACUGUUUAUUAUGAGCACUUGUAUAUGAAUAAUAAUUUACAUGAAUAGCUCAUUCUCACCUCUUCUCCCAAAAAUUGCAGAUCUUCAGAAGAUCUAAAUCCAACACUUCACUGCAAAUGUACGAAUGCAUCCUCCUCGGUAUUGAUCACAAUGUGUUUCCGCUAGAAGCAAAAACAUCAUUCUAGAAGCACUCACCUACCCAUAACUAUUAAUAUUAUCUAACCUUACUUUUUUUUUCUUGAAGCAUUAAAAGGGAGUUAUAACUUUUCAGGAUAUUUAAUAUUCUCUUUAUUAAUGCCCUAUAUUAACAAUAUGUAUUUUGUUACAUAUACAAAAUAAAAUUAAAUGUAAGAAUGAACUAUUUGCUUUCCUCCAACUGGGUGGAUCCAUCCUAGUUCCCUGUCAAUUAUUACUGUAAGCUCUAUCCUUGUCAUUUUAGAGAAAGCAUACAGAACAGAGAAGAAAUUAAACAUUGUGUUUAAAGAAUUACUAUAGGGUCAGGAACACAAACAUGUAUUCCUGAACCUAUAGUGCUAAACCCAACAUUUAGGUGGCCUGCCUCCCUAUAAAAGUUUAAAACUCACCUUAUUUCCAGCGUUGCGUGGGUCCACCGGCGCUGUUUCCCCCCUUUUUGUGAUAUCAUCAAAAUGUCAGCUUUUUAUCCAAUCCAAUGUUUCCCACAGGAAAAGCAUUGGAUUGGCUACAAUCGGCACGGGGGCAGGGCCAAAUGCAGUUUUAGCCAAUCAGGACCUCCUCAUAGAGAUGCAUUGAAUCAAUGCUUCUCUAUGAGGAAAAUUCAGUAUCUCCGUGCAGAGUGGGGACGCUGAAUGGUAGGGCUGCUUACUGUGCAGCACUGAGCCAGGAAGCCCCUCCAGUGGCCAUCUAAGGAGUGGCCACUUGGAGGUGUCUCUAGGGGCAAUUUAAACAUGACCUUUUCUCUGAAAAGGCAGUGUUUACAUGGAAAUGCCUGAAGAAAGCUAUUAUACUCACCAGAACAACUACAUUAAGCUGUAGUUCUUCUGGUGACUAUAGUGUCCCUUUGAUUGUUCUCCUCAUUUGCAACACGUGUUCUAGCUUUACCUAGAGUUAACAGGCUAUGAUAUAAUUUGCUAAUGUCAAUUGAAAAGAAAAUAGGUCAUCACAUCACAAAAGUUAACAGAAACCAAAGUAUAGUUGAUUUUCAAUGUUUUGAUAACUUAUGUAAAUUCCAGAGAAGUGACAGUUCCCUUUUGAUGUUUGACAUGCAGGUUUAUUUUUAGGGCAUAUUCUAUUUCCCCAACCAGCUCCUUAAAAGUGAAUGGGUUGCAAUGCCCUGAUGGUGGCUUUUAGUGUUAGUGUCUUACAAAUCAGUGGGCCCUUGAGCGGUGGUACCAGCAGCAUCGCUGGAUACCUCCGCCUUUCCUUCUGUUUUACUCAACUUCAAGAAGAUGAAGAUAUAUAAAUUCUGACUUCUCUUUAUAGCCUUAUUGAAUCAUAUUUCUUUCCUAACUUUAUUUAAUCCCUUAAUAUAUGUCCCAUUCGCAGUAAUUGAUUUUCAUAUGAUAUUUUAGGCAACUGUUAGACUUGAAGAUGGGAAGUUAGUGGUUGAUUUUGAAAAAUACCACCAUACGUCAGAAAUUGUUGGUGGAAAACUAGUAGAGGUAAGUGUACUGACAUUAACUGAAAAACCUGAUUAGGAAAAAAAAAAUUCAUGUACUAAUUUCCAAACGUUUUAUUGCUUUUUAAUGUAUUUCUUUUCUCUUGGAAAUAUGUACUGAGCAAGUACAUGCCCAGAGUAUUGCAUAUAAAUGUUUAAGUAUUCUGAAUAGCCCUAUUUUUUAAUUUUGGAAAUCAGUGAUCGAUCUGGAGAAAAAAUAAUCAAAUACUAUUAAGACUGCAUUUAUUAGAAUAUGAUGUGCUUCUAUUUGUUGCUUUUUUCAGACAUCCGUGGCUGGUGGUAUUACCUUUAAGAGGACAAGCAAGAAGCUGGCAUAAAGUGUCCGCUGUUUUAUUUACUGGAAUAAAUAAUUCAAUAAUUUGCUUCAGCAUUAUGCACCUAUGGUCAGUAGGAACAAAUGGAGAUUCACUGCACAGGCUGUGUCAAGGUUUAUAAUGCAUAAUGCGAGCUUCAUAUAAGACCACCUCAAAGAUUCCAUCUAUUUUGAUUUUAAUUAAGUUUUCAAGCAGUACCGAACAUCAAAAAGUAAUGUAGCAGUAAUGUGAAUGUGUUGCACUAUUCUUAUUUACACUUUCAUCAAAUCAUACAAAUCACACUAGACUUAAAGGGACAUUAUAGGUACCCAGACCACUUCAGGUCAUUGAAUAGGUCUGGGUGCAGUGUCCCUGUCCCCCUUAUUCCUGCAAAGCAUUCAGGGCAGGAAGCACUGAGAAAGGUCUUGUUGCUCAAAACGUUUGCUAAAUAUCUUUGUUCUUCAAUAAAUGUGGUACUUGUUGCACAGCA